UCCAAUGUGAGAUACAAAAACCCAAAAUUCGCAGUAGAACUCUGCAACUGAGAAUUUCGACCAGCCUCUUCGCUCUGAUCACAUGCCUUCUACUAGUAUUAUUCAAACAAACCUUAAUUGACGCGAAUGGGGAACAAUUUGGCAACCCCGGCGAGGCCCCUGCAAUCUCAAGACCCAACCAACGAAGAUGAACCACCACCACCACUGCCACCCCAGCAGCUGCCCCUCUCACGACUACCACAACCACCGCCUCAACUACCACAAGAAAACCAACCUUCCACCUGCGAAAUUUGCAUCGAACCCAUAAUUUCACCAACCCAAUUAUUCAAAAGCCCAAACAAUGACAAAUGCGGGCCCCACCCAUUCUGCAAGGACUGCAUGAUCAGGUACAUCCAAGCGAAGCUGGACGACAACGUUUCCAAAAUCGCCUGCCCAGCUUUGAAUUGCUCCCAGUUCCUCGAUCCUCAAGCUUGCCGGACCCUCGUGGGCCCCCAACUGUUUGUGAAAUGGUGCGACUCGCUCUGCGAGUCGGCGGUGAUGGGUUUUCCGAGGAGUUUUUGUCCCAACAGGAAUUGCUCGGCGUUGAUCGUGAACGAGUGCGGCGGGACUGUGAAGAAGGCCACGUGUCCCUGUUGCAAGCGGCUCUUUUGCUUCCAGUGCAAGCUUCCGUGGCACGCUGGUUUUAGGUGUGAGGAGAGUGGGGAAUUCAGGGAUAGGAAUGACCGUGCAUUUGGGGUUCUUGUGGAGCAGAAGAAUUGGAUGAGGUGUCCUCAGUGUCAGCAUUUUGUUGAGCUCAUUGAAGGUUGUCAGAUUGUUAAAUGCAGAUGCCUUGCCUCUUUUUGCUACAAGUGUGGAAGACAGGUCUAUCAGCAUUGGUGUACUUGCGACAGUACUUCUAUGUGCUGCGUAUGGUUCCUUCGAAUUUUCACAGUUCUUAUUGGUGUUUUCGGAGUCCUUUUCCUGUUUUGGAAUACAGAAAGUCGCAAACAUAAUGUAUAGUCUUCUAACACAUCCCCCUACUCCAAUUUAGAGCUGGUAUAGAGAAAGUUGUCAGGCUAAAUUAUCCUUCUCAAACGAACAUCUACAUGUACAUGGACAUGGCUAAGUUUUGCCUUUGACAAUUCAAAUAUGGGGACUUUGGCAGCAGUUUCAUUA